CGGGAAUGGGAUGGGAUAAUGGAUGGGAAGGGAGCGGUGCAGCCAUGGUGUCCAGGAAGCAGCUGGCAGAUUUUGGCUACAAGGCCUUCUCGGGCUCCAUGAUGCUGCUGACGGUGUACGCCGGCUACCUGUGCAGUGUCCGUGUGCAGAGGAUGCUCCAGCACCGCCGUGAGAGGGAGAAUGCACCUGGUCCUGAGAGCUGAGCCUGGGCUGGGACUGGUCCUGGGAGCUGGGACUGGGCCCAGGAGGUGAGACCAGCCCUGAGAGCU